GGUAUUUCUAAGCUCGUCUGCAGGAUAUUGAAGAGACUGUAUCUCACAUAAAAAUCUUGAAAGGCUUCAGGGACCUGCUUUCCCAUUGAGAAGAUAUAGCAUGACUCCUAGGAAGUGAGUGGAUUUUUCCUUCCAUCUCCCUGAGAAAGUCACCAAAUUCCUGAGAAACAUAAACUGUUUUUUCCUGAAGUUGUUGAAGCUGAUAUGAGCAGAGUGGAGGGCAAUUUUUUUUUUAGCCCUGCAGAGCUACCUGGUAUUUGAAAUGCUGAAGAGGAAAUUACGGUUUUGCCACAACUUGCGCUUCAGGCUUUUAUUGUGUCUAACUCUUAUUUUAGUAAUAAUUUCGGUUUUGAAAGUCAACCAGAAACAAGACUUCUUAAAUCGGAGACAUCUAGAACUGACAGAAGAAGAUCCUGUUGUCAAUGUUAACUGCACCAAGAUUAUAGAGGGGGAUAUAGAAGAAAUUCAAAAGGUAAAGCUUGAGACAUUGUCGGUGUCAUUUAAGAAACGCCCCAGACUAACAACAAAUGAUUAUAUUAACAUGACAGCAGACUGUGCCUCCUUCACCAAGACUAGAAAAUACAUUAUGGAACCUCUCAGCAGCGAAGAAGCAGAAUUUCCAAUUGCUUACUCAAUAGUGGUUUAUCACAAAAUUGAGAUGCUUGAUAGACUUCUAAGAUCAAUCUAUGCCCCUCAGAAUUUUUACUGCAUUCAUGUUGACAAAAAGGCUCCAGAAUCUUUUUUUGCUGCUGUGAAGGGAAUAGUCUCAUGUUUUGAUAAUGUCUUUAUUUCCAGCCAGUUAGAGAAUGUUGUAUAUGCUUCUUGGAGCAGGGUGCAGGCAGAUAUUAACUGCAUGAAAGAUCUCUACAGAAGAAGUUCAAACUGGAAAUACCUAAUAAACCUCUGUGGCAUGGACUUUCCUAUAAAGACCAACCAGGAAAUAGUAGAGAAAUUAAAAGCCCUUAAAGGUGAAAACAGCUUGGAAACGGAAAAAAUGCCUGUUUAUAAAGAAGUAAGGUGGAAAAAACACCAUGAGAUUAUUGAUGGUAGAAUAAAGAAUACAGGCAUAGACAAACAACUACCACCUCUCAGUACUCCAGUUUUUUCUGGUAGUGCCUAUUUUGUAGUUAGCAGAAGAUUUGUAGAAUACGUAUUAGAAAGCAGCAAAAUACUUAAGUUCAUUGAGUGGGCAAAAGACACUUACAGCCCAGAUGAGUACCUGUGGGCAACAAUUCAGAGAAUCCCUGAAGUCCCGGGUGCAGUUUCUUCUAGUAACAAGUACGAUGUUUCUGACAUGAAUGCGCUGGCCAGGUUUGUCAAGUGGCAGUACUUUGAAGGUGACGUGUCCAAAGGUGCACCUUACCCACCAUGCAGUGGAGUUCAUGUUCGCUCUGUCUGUGUUUUUGGGGCAGGAGACCUGAACUGGAUGCUACGAAACCACCACUUCUUUGCUAAUAAGUUUGACACUGAUGUUGACCCUUUUGCAGUGAAAUGUUUGGAAGAGUAUUUGCGACACAAAGCUUUGUAUCUGAAAAAGAACUGAAAUGUUGCAUGCUCCUGUUACAAAACAUAGGUACAAAUAGUGUAGAGCUAUGUACUUUAAGAUGUAAAACUGAUACUGUUGAUGGGUAUAAUAGUUGUCACUGUGUUGGUGAAGACGCCCUCUGUGCCUUGUCCAUGGACAAGGGGGAGAGAAGACAUAUCUCGAGUGAAAAUGGGGAUGCCUUGUGUUGCACACUGAGGAUUGGAACUUUGGGUACAAAAUCGAAGACAGCAAUUUUUGGAAGGCCAACUGUUUGGAAUAUUUAUUAUCUAAAAGAUGUAAUUAAUGGACUUCCUUUGGCUAAACUAUUUGUUUUAAGGCUUGGAAAAUGCAUGUU